CAAGUCGCAUUCAGACCGGUGUGGAAGAGCUUAGACCCGUUCGCGUGCGCCUUUUUUUGUUUGAAAACUUUUCAACAACGUGUGUUCAAAUUGCGAUUCGCCAUCGUCAACAACAAUCCACCCGGGUUUUGUUAUUUUUUUGAAACAACUCCGCACUCCGCACUAAUACUCCGCAACGGUUAUUUCCCUCCACGCCAAAGAAAAAUCGACCGCUCCUUUUCGUUCUCUGCAACGAUUGACUCUCCAGUUGUUUGACGGGCUAAUUAUCUACUACUACUACCCCCCCACUUCCACAUUUUGCGCAAUGGCUGGACGUCCCAGAUGGCAGGCACUCGGCAAACGCGAGCCGGAACAGGAAAGCGAAGCCCAAGCUUGGAUUGAAACCAUUACGGGAGAGAGCUUUCCCGAAGGUGUCUCGUAUGAAGACGCUUUGCAAGAUGGCGUCAUCCUCUGCAAAUUGAUGAACAUUGUCUCCCCUGGCUCCAUCAACAAGAUCAAUCCCAGUGGCGCUGGUCAUUUCAAAAUCUGCGAAAAUCUCAACAAGUUCCAGGAAGCUUGCAAGAAAUACGGAGUGCCUGAAAGUGAUAUUUUCCAAACGAUCGAUUUGUCUGAGAAAAAGGAUAUCGCCAUGGUCACUUCGACCAUUUUCGGUCUCGGAAGCGCCACUUACAAGCACCCGGAAUAUCAGGGACCCAGUUUGGGACCUAAACCGUCGGAGAAGAACCAGCGCAAUUUCUCCGAGGAGCAAUUGAAAGCCGGACAGACCGUGAUCGGACUUCAAGCUGGAACCAACAAAGGAGCCACCCAAGCUGGUCUAAACAUGGGAGCGUCACGAAAAAUCCUUCUAGGCAAAUAAAAGGAGGAAAGAUUAUGGAUUUAAAAAAAAAGAAAAAGAAAGAAAACUAAACGAAAUAUUCGAAAUUGGAAAAAUUCAAAAAAUCUAUGACAACAGAAAGAGAAAAAAAAACGAAACUUCUAUGCGCUUUGACUUUUAUUACGUCUAUUUUGUCUUUAAUCUUUUUAAUCAAAUUCGCGCCCACAGCAUAUCUACCGCUCUUUCUCAUUCGUUCCACGGAGGGCAAGUUUAGUUCCAAGGGAGAUUUUUUUGUUUAUUAAUUCAAAUUUAAUAUUAACUCUAUUUGAUUAACCACGAAAGAAAAAAAAGACCGAAUGUAAUUGUAAUAGAACAGAAGCUGAAGCAAUAGAAAUACACGGGAAAUUAACUUAAAAA